AUGUCUUCCGUAAUCAUUGCAGGUCUUGGCAUGAGAUCGAUCAUCAAAAUAGAAGGACCCAAUACUUCACUUCAAACAAUUUUGAAAGACUUUUGUGAGAAGAAUAAGAUCAGUCCCGAAAAUUAUGGAUUGAUGCAUAAUAAGAAGAAUCUUGAUUUAUCACUUUCUUUCCGUUUGAGCGGAGUUUCAAAUAAUGCUACGAUCGAAAUUGUGAAAAAGGCUUCAUCGUCUCAAGUUAAAGCAGCAGCAACCCUUGGUCUUCAAUUACCUGAUGGCCAACGAUUAAAAGCCGUUUUUCCAAUUGAUAUUUCUCUUUGGAUUGCUCUAAAGCGAUGGGAGAAGAAAGAGGAAAACAUCAAUUUAACUCAAGUUGAGGAUGAAAAAACUAAAAAGUAUUGCAUUCCUUCUCUUACAUACAUGAAUCAACAAUUCAAAACAUUAGAGGAAUUAAAAAAUACAAAAUUAUCUGAUUUAGGAUUGAGAGAUAAUUCAAGUGCAUUAUUGCGACUUAGUUUUUUACCUACUGAUAAAACAAUUGAGGAUUUGAAAGAGGAAAUCCAAGAAAGUGACGAUUAUGUACCAAAAAAGAAAGUGAAAAAAACAGACACUGAACAAUCAUCAUCAACGAGUGAAACACAAUCAGCAUCAGCGUCAACCUCUGAAGAUGUACAAAUGACCGAUGAAUCACCAUCUGUUCAAGCCAACAAAAUAGAAAUGUCUCCCACUAUUUCUGAUACUAUGCAAGACGACGAAGAUAUCAAACUUGAAAACACGGUUGCUAAGGAUAUUAGACUAUUCAAGAAAGGUGACACAAGUUUUGAUAUAGAUUUUUCAAAUGUUGAAGAAAAAGAUUUCGAGGUUACAGAAAAUGAUGUCCAAUCCAUGAUUUCAAGUCUCAGAAAAGUUCAAGAAGGAGGACCAUUAAUGACCAAACAAUUAAGAGAAAAAGAAAACCAAAAGCAUGAGAGAAUAUACACUUCUACAAUUAUCAGAGUACGAUUCCCUGAUGGAUAUUUGGUUCAAGGAACUUUUUCUCCAAAUCACACCAUCAAAGACGUUCGCGACUUUGUUAUUCAGACUCUUGACAAUCCAGAAACACCAAUUGUUCUAUAUAUUGCUCCACCAAUUCAGAGAUUUGAUGAUUUAACCAAGACACUGAAAGAGUCUCGUCUCAUCCCUGCUGCAAUCAUAAAUGUUGGAUUGGAUAGAAAGAAUCCAAAGAGUGCGUCAUUUGAAGCACCAAAACUCAAGUCAGAUCUUCUUGCUAAAGUAACUGAUUUAGAGUUGGUAAGCGUACCAAAGAAUGAAAAUAUUCAAAAGCCUACACAGUCAUCAUCAUCGUCAUCACAGAAGAGUUCUGAGAAAUCAAAAGCCAAAAUGACUUCUCUUCUCUCUCAUUUAACUAAGAGGAAGUAA